UCGUUGCAGCUGUGAGUUGUCUCCCAGCGUUUCUCUGGAGGAAAGUUGGGGACGCUCUGGCGGCUUGGGAAUCCUUUAAACUUUAAAGUAACUGAAUCUCCAAAACUGUGCCAUAAUGGAGGAGAGUGAAGAAAUUGAUGAAUUCGAGGAGGAAGAGAUUGUGGAGGAGUCUUUUAAGAUGACUUCGUCGACUGUCAGUCACCAGACAACUAAGGUGGCCGAGGCUGGUGUUCUUGCUACCAGAAAAAUCAGGAAGAAGGUCAAGGUGGACACCUCAAAGUUCAUGACCCCUUACCUAGCCCACAGCCAGAAGAUGCUGGACCAGUACAGUCAUAACAAGUACCGUCUGGAAUAUGAUAAGGCCAAGGGGCAGCCCUAUGCCAUCAGCGCUGACACCCCUGAGAUGAUCAGGAUCAAGAAGGCCCAGGAGCAGCUCAGCGAGGUGAAGUACCGCAUGGAGGGCAACAAGACCAGGACUACCAGCUUGUACGACGGCGAGGCCAGAGAGAUCGCCCACGUCAAACAUGUCUCUGAGCUCAUCAGCAAGGUACUGUACAGGCAGAAAUGGGAUGAGACCAAGGACAGAUUCUUCUUACCCCCUGAUGCUCCUGAGCUGGUCCUGGCUGUGAAGAAUGCUGCUAACUACAGCAAGAAACUGUACACAGAGUCCUGGGAUGAAGACAAGACCAUGUUCUUCCCCUACAGUGACAGCCCUGAGCUCCGCAGGGUGGCCAAGGCCCAGGAGGUCCUCAGUGACAUCCACUACAAGAAAGGUCAUAAUGAACGUAAGGCCAAGUACACCUCCCUGGCUGUUUCCCAAGAUAUGGAGCUGGCCAAGAAAGUGUUCACCCAGCGCAGUGAUCUGAAGUACCACGAGGACUAUAACAAGAACGUGAAGGGCCAGUGGUGCGAGACCCCCUACUUUGAAGUGGCCACUGCCAGGAUGGCCAUGGACAACUUCAGCAGUAAAAAGUACACCGCUGCAUAUGAGGAUAGUAAAGACCAACUCUAUUUCAUGCAAACGGACACGCCAGAGUACGGCACACGCAAGAAGGCUGGCAAAGCGGCAAGCUCGGUACAAUACAAGAAGGACUAUGAGAAGACGAAGGACCAGGCUGCUUACAACGUUCUACCUGCGACGGAUAACCCCCUGCUCAGGCAGCUGAGAUAUGCUGGCACCAUCCUCAGUGAUAAAGUGUAUAAGGCCAGCUAUGAGAAAUCAAGGGGAUCUAGCAUAAACUACUGUGAUACGCCCAAAUUCAAAAUGGACUCAGUGAUUCAGAAGUUCAGUGAUGCAAAUUAUAGAGAGAAGUACGAAAAUGAAGUGAAAGGCCACUAUAUUGGCAGCUAUGAGGACAUUUAUAUGCUACACUGUCAGAAAAUGGAGGAGAUAAAGAGCGAAACAAAUUACAAAGCAGAUUACGAAGACAUGAAGACUAGAUGUUUCUACCCCCAAACAAUGACGCCUGAAUACGAAGUCACUAAGAAGCUUCAACAGUGUAAAGAUAAAGUAUACCGGCAACAUCCGGACCAAGUGAAAUUCACGCAAGUGACGGAUUCGCCAGUUCAACUCCAAGCUGCCAUCAAUGCCAUACAGCUAAGUGAUCUGAACUACCAUGCAAAGUAUGAAAAGGAUAAGUUCAAGUGUUCCCUACCUGUGGACUACCCCUUCUUCAUCCAGUCCAGAGUCAACGCUUAUAACCUUAGUGACAAUUGUUACAAGUAUGACUGGGAGAAGAAUAAAGCCAAGCAGUUUGAGGUCAAAGGAGACACCAUCUCAAUCCUGGCUGCCCGUGCACAUACAAACAUUGCCAGCGAUGUGAAGUACAAGAAGGAAUAUGAGAAGAACAAGGGUCAUAUGGUGGGAGCCCUCAGCAUCAACGACGACCCCAAGAUCCUGCACUCUGUCCACGUGGCCAAAAUUCAGAGUGAUAGGGAGUAUAAGAAGAACUAUGAGAAGAUCAAGACCAAGUUCCACACCACCCUGGACAUGAUGUCCCUCACCCUGGCUAAGAAAUCCCAGGCUAUAGCUAGCAUGACCGGCUAUAGGCGCAUCCAAAGCCACUACAUGCUGCCUUAUGACAGCUUAGCUCUGGACCUGGCCAAGAAAGUCAACAUCCAGCAGAGUGACAAUGAAUACCAUUCAGACUACAACAACUUCACCAAGGGAACUCCGUGGGUACCCUAUGGCUCCAUAGAUGUAGAAAAGGCCAAGAAAGCCGGUGAAAUCCUCAAUGAGAAAAAGUACAGGCAACACCCUGACACCAUCCCCUUUACGUCAAUUGACGACCAUCCAGUGAUGAUGCAGGCCAAAGUCAACCAGAUGAUGAGGAGUGAUUUGCACUACAAGAAAGGUUUGGAGCAGACCCACCAGAAGUACUCUCUGCCCCAUGAUCUCCCAGAGUUCAUCCAGGCCAAGUGCAAUGCCUACAACAUCAGCAAGAGCUGCUACAAGGUGGCGUGGGAGGAAACUAUUGCAAAGGGGUAUGACCUGAAGAAUGACGCCAUUUCCAUCAUUGCUGCUAAGAAAGCAAGACAUGCAGUCAGUGACGUUCAGUACAAGAAAGCCUAUGAGAAGAACAGAGGCCACCAUGUUGGCUGCCGUAAUGUUAAGGACGACCCCUUGCUGGUGCACUACAUGGCGGUUGCUAAGAUGCAGAGUGAGAGAAACUACACAAAGGAUUACCACAAGAUCAAGCUAAAGUACCACUCUCCAGUAGAUAUGAUGAGUCUCGCCCAUGCCAAGCACGCCUCUGCUGUGCAAACCUACGCUGGCUACAAGACGAUCCACCAUCGCUACUCCCUGAUGCCUGACGCCAUGAACCUGGCGCUGGCUCGCACCAUGAAUGUCAACGCCAGUGACUGCAACUACAAGUCGGAUUACCAGAGUUACGUGAAAGGAACGGGCUGGAUUCCCAUCGGCUCCUUGGAGGUGGAGAGGGCCAAGGCCGCUGGCUCUGCCCUGGAUGAGCAUAAGUACCGGCAGCAUCCUGACUCCUUCAAGUUUACCAGCCUCUCAGACUCCAUGAACAUGGAGCUUGCCAAGACAAACGCCAAGAUCAUGAGUGCUAAGGACUACAAAGCAAGCGGAGAGAAGUUUAUGCACACCUACCAUCUCCCUGCAGAUGCACCACAGCUGAUGCAAGCCAAAUACAAUGCUGUCAACAUUAGCCAGAAUUAUUACACCCAUGCUCACCGUCAAGACCUGCUUAAGGGGCACCAUGUGAAAGAGGAUGCCAUUUCCGUCCUCGCUGCCAGAGCCUCAACGAACAUUGCUAGUGAUUACAAGUACAAGCUGGCACACGAGAAGGCCAGGGGCCACCAUGUUGGCUGCCGUAAUGUUCAGGACGACCCCUUGCUGGUGCACUACAUGGCGGUUGCUAAGAUGCAGAGUGAGAGAAACUACACAAAGGAUUACCACAAGUCCAAGCUGAAGUACCACUCUCCAGUAGAUAUGAUGAGCCUCACCCAUGCCAAGCAGGCCUCUGCUGCACAAACCUUCACUGGCUACAGGAAGAUUCAACAUAACUACACACUGCUUCCUGACGCCAUGAACCUUGGUCUGGCUCGUACCAUGAUGGAGAUUCAGAGUGAUAAUGCCUACAAGUCAGACUACAUGAAUGUGUACAGGGGUUCAGGCUGGGUCCCCAUUGGUUCCAUUGGGGUCGAACUGGCUAAAACGGCUAAGGCUGCUCUGGAUGAACAUGGCUACCGCCAGCACCCCAGCACCUUCAAAUUCAAAAGUCUGACCGACUCCAUGAACAUGGCCCUGGCCAUCAGUAACACCAAGCAACUCAACGAUCCUGCAUAUAGAGCUUCUGGCGAGAAAUUCAAGCACACGUACAACCUGCCAGCAGACAGCCCUGAGUUCAUUCAGGCCAAGUUCAAUGCUCAGACCAUGAGCGAGUCUCACUACAAGCACCAGUGGGUGCAGGAUAUUUCCAAGGGAUACGACAUGAGGGUGGAUGCCAUCUCCGUUAUCGCUGCAAAACAUGGCAGGCAUAUUGCCAGUGACUUCCAGUACAAGAAAGACUUUCAGAAGGCCAAGGGCCACCAUGUUGGCUUCCGUAAUGUUAAGGACGACCCCUUGCUGGUGCACUACAUGGCGGUUGCUAAAAUGCAGAGUGAGAGAAACUACACAAAGGAUUACCACAAGUCCAAGCUGAAGUACCACUCUCCAGUAGAUAUGAUGAGCCUCACCCAUGCCAAGCAGGCCUCUGCUGCACAAACCUUCGCUGGCUACAGGAAGAUUCAACAUCAUUACUCUCUCCUGCCCGAUGCCAUGAACCUGGUUCUGGCUCGAGGCAUGAACUCCAUCGCCAGUGAUUAUGAGUACAAAAGUGAUUGGAACAACUUUGUGAGAGGCACUGGAUGGAUCCCCAUUGGCUCAGUGGGAGUGGAGACAGCCAAGAUUGGAGGGAAUAUUCAGAGUGAACACAAGUACCGUACACAUCCCUCCACCUUCAAGUUCCACAAGCUGAUGGACUCCAUGGAUCUGACCCUGGCCACAGCCAACAACCAGAUUAUGAACAAGAAAGCAUAUACAGAUAAAUGGAACAAGGACAAAAUGACUAUUCAUGUCAUGCCCGAUGCUCCUGAGAUUGUGCUGGCUAAGGCUAAUGCUAUCAACAUGAGUCAGAAACUGUACAAAGCUGGUGUGGUGGAGAUGGCCAAGAAGGGCUAUGACCUCAAACCAGAUGCCAUCUCUAUCUUGGCAGCCAAACUUGGUACUAGAAUUGCUAGUGACUUCAAGUACAAGCUGGCACACGAGAAGGCCAGGGGCCACCAUGUUGGCUUCCGUAAUGUUAAGGACGACCCCUUGCUGGUGCACUACAUGGCGGUUGCUAAGAUGCAGAGUGAGAGAAACUACACAAAGGAUUACCACAAGUCCAAGCUGAAGUACCACUCUCCAGUAGAUAUGAUGAGCCUCACCCAUGCCAAGCAGGCCUCUGCUGCACAAACCUUCGCUGGCUACAGGAAGAUUCAACAUCAUUACUCUCUCCUGCCCGAUGCCAUGAACCUGGUUCUGGCUCGAGGCAUGAACUCCAUCGCCAGUGAUUAUGAGUACAAAAGUGAUUGGAACAACUUUGUGAGAGGCACUGGAUGGAUCCCCAUUGGCUCAGUGGGAGUGGAGACAGCCAAGAUUGGAGGGAAUAUUCAGAGUGAACACAAGUACCGUACACAUCCCUCCACCUUCAAGUUCCACAAGCUGAUGGACUCCAUGGAUCUGACCCUGGCCAAAGCCAACAACCAGAUUAUGAACAAGCAAGCAUACAAUGCAGCCUGGGAAAAAGAUAAACUCCACAUCCACGUCAUGCCUGAUUCUCCUGAAAUUGUCCUCGCUAAGGCCAAUGCUAUCACAAUGAGUGAGAAACAAUACAAAGCUGGUCUGCAAGCACUGACGAAGAAGGGCUAUGACCUCCGACCAGAUGCUAUCUCCAUCCAGGCAGCCAAGCUUUCCACCCGCAUUGCCAGUGAUUACAAGUACAAGAAGGAGUAUGAGAAGGCAAGAGGCCACCAUGUUGGCUGCCGUAAUGUUAAGGACGACCCCUUGCUGGUGCACUACAUGGAGGUUGCUAAGAUGCAGAGUGAGAAGAACUACAAGAAGGAUUACCACAAGUCCAAGCUGAAGUACCACUCUCCAGUAGAUAUGAUGAGCCUCACCCAUGCCAAGCAGGCUUCUGCUGCACAAACUUAUGCAGGCUACAGGAAGAUUCAACAUCACUACACUGUUUUACCUGAUGCCUUGAACAUCGUGCAGGCUCGUAACAUGCAAGAAAUUAUCAGCAAUAAUCAGUACAAAAGUGACUAUGACAGCUUCGUAAAGGGAAUGGGAUGGAUCCCAAUUGGUGCUGUAGAAGUUGAAACGGUGAAGGCAGCAGGCAAGAUCCGCAGUGAGAAACUGUACCGCCAGCAUCCCAGCAAAUUCAAGUUUACGAAAGACAUGUUCUCCAUGGACCUGACUCUAGCUACAGCCAACAACCAGAUCAUGAAUAAGCAAGCAUACAUGACUGCCUGGGAGAAGGACAAGACCAAGAUCCACAUCAUGCCUGAUUCCAUGGAGGUGGUUUUGGCAAGACAGAACAAAUCCAACUACAGCGAGAAACUGUAUAAGCUUGACAAUGAGCUGAGCAAGAAGAAGGGUCAUCACGUGCGCUCCGACGCUAUUGCUAUUCAAGCAGCUAAAGCCACCACUGUCAUUGCCAGCGAUCACAAGUACAAGGCAGGUUACCGCAAGCAAGUUGGCCAUCAUAUUGGUGCCCUCAGCGUCCAGGAUGACCCUCUGCUCAUGCUGGCUCUGAACUCAGCCAGGAUUGCUAGUGAUGCCCUGUAUAAGAAGGACUUCAACAAGUCCAAGACCAAGUUCAACCUUCCAGUGGACAUGAUGGCCUUUGAGCUGGCCAAGAAGAACCAGAUCCAGGUCAACCAUGCCAACUACAUCACCCGCCUGCACAACUGGACCUGUCUUCCAGAUUCCAGUGAUGUUGUACAUGCCAGACAGAUGUACGACAUGCAGAGUGAUGCUGUGUACAAGGCUGACCUGAAAUGGCUGAGGGGAAUGGGAUGGGUGCCCAUUGGAUCACUUGAUGUUGAGAAGGCGAAGAAAGCUGGGCAGGUCCUGAGUGAGCAGCUGUAUCGUCAGCACCCAAGCAAGUUCGCUUUCAAAAGCUCAACUGAGGACAUGCCCCUGGUAUUGGCUAAGGCCAAUGCUCAGAAUGCCAACAAGAAAGCAUAUACAGCGGCCUGGGAGAAAGAUAAGACAAGUAUCCACAUCAUGCCUGACAUUAUGGAUGUGGUACUGGCCAAACAGAACAAUAUUAACUUCAGUUUGAAAAAGUAUAGACAAGGUUUUGAAGACACCAUCAAGAAGGGAUAUUACCUUCCUGUAGAUGCCAUCUCUGUCAAGGCUGCUAAACUUGGUAGAGACAUCAUCAGUGAUGUCAAGUACAAGACAGGUUACCGCAAGCAAGUUGGCCAUCACAUUGGUGCCCUGUGCGUCCAGGAUGACCCUCUGCUCGUGCUGGCUCUGAACUCAGCCAGGAUUGCUAGUGAUGCCCUCUAUAAGAAGGACUUCAACAAGUCCAAGACUAAGUUCAACCUUCCAGUGGACAUGAUGGCCUUUGAGCUGGCCAAGAAGAACCAGAUCCAGGUCAACCAUGCCAACUACAUCACCCGCCUGCACAACUGGACCUGUCUUCCAGAUUCCAGUGAUGUUGUACAUGCCAGACAGAUGUACGACAUGCAGAGUGAUGCUGUGUACAAGGCUGAUCUGAAAUGGCUGAGGGGAAUGGGAUGGGUGCCCAUUGGAUCACUUGAUGUUGAGAAGGCGAAGAAAGCUGGGCAGGUCUUGAGUGAGCAGCUGUAUCGUCAGCACCCAAGCAAGUUCGCUUUCAAAAGCACAGCUGAGGACAUGCCCUUGGUGUUGGCUAAGGCCAAUGCUCAGAAUGCCAACAAGAAAGCAUAUACAGCGGCCUGGGAGAAAGAUAAGACAAGUAUCCACAUCAUGCCUGACAUUAUGGAUGUGGUACUGGCCAAACAGAACAAUAUUAACUUCAGUUUGAAAAAGUAUAGACAAGGUUUUGAAGACACCAUCAAGAAGGGAUAUUACCUUCCUGUAGAUGCCAUCUCUGUCAAGGCUGCUAAACUUGGUAGAGACAUCAUCAGUGAUGUCAAGUACAAGACAGGUUACCGCAAGCAAGUUGGCCAUCACAUUGGUGCCCUGUGCGUCCAGGAUGACCCUCUGCUCGUGCUGGCUCUGAACUCAGCCAGGAUUGCUAGUGAUGCCCUCUAUAAGAAGGACUUCAACAAGUCCAAGACUAAGUUCAACCUUCCAGUGGACAUGAUGGCCUUUGAGCUGGCCAAGAAGAACCAGAUCCAGGUCAACCAUGCCAACUACAUCACCCGCCUGCACAACUGGACCUGUCUUCCAGAUUCCAGUGAUGUUGUACAUGCCAGACAGAUGUACGACAUGCAGAGUGAUGCUGUGUACAAGGCUGACCUGAAAUGGCUGAGGGGAAUGGGAUGGGUGCCCAUUGGAUCACUUGAUGUUGAGAAGGCGAAGAAAGCUGGGCAGGUCUUAAGUGAGCAGCUGUAUCGUCAGCACCCAAGCAAGUUCGCUUUCAAAAGCACAACUGAGGACAUGCCCCUGGUAUUGGCUAAGGCCAAUGCUCAGAAUGCCAACAAGCAAGCAUAUACAGCGGCCUGGGAGAAAGAUAAGACAAGUAUCCACAUCAUGCCUGACAUUAUGGAUGUGGUACUGGCCAAACAGAACAAUAUUAACUUCAGUUUGAAAAAGUAUAGACAAGGUUUUGAAGACACCAUCAAGAAGGGAUAUAACCUUCCUGUAGAUGCCAUCUCUGUCAAGGCUGCUAAACUUGGUAGAGACAUCAUCAGUGAUGUCAAGUACAAGACAGGUUACCGCAAGCAAGUUGGCCAUCACAUUGGUGCCCUCAGCGUCCAGGAUGACCCUCUGCUCGUGCUGGCUCUGAACUCAGCCAGGAUUGCUAGUGAUGCCCUCUAUAAGAAGGACUUCAACAAGUCCAAGACUAAGUUCAACCUUCCAGUGGACAUGAUGGCCUUUGAGCUGGCCAAGAAGAACCAGAUCCAGGUCAACCAUGCCAACUACAUCACCCGCCUGCACAACUGGACCUGUCUUCCAGAUUCCAGUGAUGUUGUACAUGCCAGACAGGUGUACGACAUACAGAGUGACGCCAUGUACAAAGCAGAUCUUAAGUGGCUCAAAGGACUUGGCUGGGUCCCUAUUGGUUCAAUUGAUGUGGAGAAAGCCAAGAAGGCUGGAGAAAUCCUGAGUGAAACGAAGUAUCGCCAGCACCCCAGCACUGUGCCUUUUACAAGUCCUAUUGAUGCCAUGAACAUUGUCCUGGCAAAGAAUAAUUGCCUAACCAUGAACAAGAAAAUGUACACAGAGGCAUGGGAGGCAGAUAAGGUGAAGCUGCACAUCAAUCCUGACACUCCUGAGAUUGUGCUGGGCAAGCAGAACUCUAUCACCAUGAGCAAUAAGCAGUAUAGACAAGGUUUUGAAGACGCCAUCAAGAAGGGAUAUUACCUUCCUGGUGACGCCAUCUCUGUCAAGGCUGCCAAACUUGGUAGAGAAAUCAUCAGUGAUUACAAGUACAAGACAGGUUACCGCAAGCAAGUUGGCCAUCACAUUGGCGCCCUCUGCGUCCAGGAUGACCCUCUGCUCAUGCUGGCUCUGAACUCAGCCAGGAUUGCUAGUGAUGCCCUCUAUAAGAAGGACUUCAACAAGUCCAAGACUAAGUUCAACCUUCCAGUGGACAUGAUGGCCUUUGAGCUGGCCAAGAAGAACCAGAUACAAGUUAACGAUGCCCACUACAGAACUCGCCUGCACAACUGGACCUGUCUGCCAGAUUCCAGUGAUGUUGUUCACGCCCGGAAGGUCUAUGAUCUGCACAGUGAUGCUGUCUACAAGGCAGACAUGGAGUUCACAAGGGGUUUGGGAUGGGUCCCUAUCGGGUCUCUGGACGUGUUGAAGGCGAAGAAAGCUGGCGAGAUUUUGAGUGAUCGCCUUUACAAGCAGAAACCAGAUGCACUUAAAUUCACCACUGACAUGCUGUCUAUGCCCAUGGCUUUGGCCAAGGCCAAUGCUGAUAUCAUUAACAAGCAACAAUACUUGGCUGCUUGGGAGAAAGACAAGAUCAAAAUUCAUAUGACCCCGGAUAUACCUGAAAUUGUGCUGUCAAAGGCCAAUGCAAUCAACAUGAGCAGGAAACUGUACAGGCAAGGAAUGGAGGACUCCUUCCGCAAGCCUAUUGACAUCAAAUCAGAUUGCAUCGCAGUCAAAGCUGCCAAGCAUGGUAGAGAGAUCAUCAGUGAUUACAAGUACAAGGCAGCUUACCGCAAGCAAGUUGGCCAUCACAUUGGUGCCCUCAACGUCCAGGGUGACCCUCUGCUCAUGCUGGCUCUGAACUCCGCCAAGAUUGCUAGUGAUGCCCUGUACAAGAAGGACUUCAACAAGUCCAAGACCAAGUUCCACCUCCCAGUGGACAUGCUGUCCAUUGAGUUGGCCAAGAAAUGCCAGGUCCAAGUUAACGACUUCAACUACAGAACUCGCCUGCACAACUGGACCUGUCUACCAGACUCUAGUGAUGUUGUCCAAGCCAGGAAGGUGUAUGACAUCCGUAGUGAUGCCGUGUACAAGGCUGAUCUUGAGUGGUUGAGGGGCACAGGCUGGGUUCCUAUUGGCUCAGUGGAUGUGGAGAAGGUCAAGAAGGCAUCAGCAAUCCUAAGCGAAAGGAAGUAUCGCCAGCCCCCCAGCAACUUCAAGUUCACUGCCAAAACCGAUGGCAUACCAUAUGCCUUAGCUCAAGCCAAUGCACAAAUAAUGAACAAGAAAGCAUAUGUAGAAGCCUGGGAAAAGGACAAAGUCAACAUCCACAUUAUGCCUGACACACCAGAGAUCCUUUUGGGCCAGCAGAACAAACUUAACACAAGUCUGAAAUAUUAUCGUCAAGGAUUUGAAGAUACCAUCAAAAAAGGCUACUACUUGCCAAAGGAUGCCAUCUCCAUCAAAGCUGCCAAGUCUGGCAGGGAUAUCAUCAGUGAUUAUAAGUACAAGGCCGGCUUCCGUAAGCAAUGUGGACACCAUAUUGGAGCCUUAAGUGUUCAGGAUGACCCUCUCCUCGUGCUGGCAGCAAAUGCAGCCAAGAUCUUCAGUGAUAAUGUCUACAAAGCAGACUUCCACAAGACCAAGACCAAGUUUAACCUUCCUGCUGACAUGUUGGCUUUCGAGCUGGCUAAAAAGAACCAGAUCCAAGUCAACGACGCAAACUACAGAACUCGCCUGCACAACUGGACCUGUCUGCCAGACUCCAGUGAUGUUGUCCAAGCCAGGAAGGUGUAUGAUAUCCGCAGUGAUGCAGUGUACAAGGCCGAUCUCGAGUGGCUGAGAGGGUGCGGCUGGAUGCCUCAGGGCUCUGUGGAUGUCGUCAAGGCUAAGCAUGCCCAGACCAUCCUCAAUGACCGGCUGUAUCGCCAGCCACCCAGCUCUGUCAAGUUCACCAGCGUGGCUGACCUCCCCGCCAUUGUCCUCUCCAAGCAGAAUGCUGACACCAUUAGUGAUAGGAAAUACCAUGAGGUUUGGGAGAAAGACAAAACUUCCAUUCAUCUCCCAGUUGACAUACCUUCAAAUGUGCUGUCCAAGGCCAAUGCUAUCAGUAUCAGCAAUAAACUGUACACAAAAGACUGGGAUAACCAGAAGGCCAAGGGCUACCACAUUAAGGAGGACGCCAUCGCUGUCCUGAAGGCCAGAAAAUCCAGAGACAUCAUCAGUGACUACAAAUACAAGUCAGGUUACCGCAAGCAAGUUGGACAUCACAUUGGUGCCCUCAGUGUUCGUGAUGAUCCUCUAAUCAUGCUGGCUCUAAACUCAGCAAGGAUUGCUAGUGAUGCCCUGUAUAAGAAGGACUUCAACAAAUCCAAGACCAAGUUCCACCUCCCAGUGGACAUGCUGACCAUUGAGUUGGCCAAGAAAUGCCAGGUCCAAGUCAACGACUUCAACUACAGAACUCACCUGCACAACUGGACCUGUCUACCAGACUCCACCGACGUAGUCCAGGCCAGGAAAGCUUACGACCUUCAGAGCGAUGCUGUGUACAAGGCUGAUAUGGAGUGGCUUCGUGGAUGUGGCUGGGUUCCACAUAUGUGUUUGGAUGUUUUAAAGGUUAAGAAUGCCCAGAAGAUCUUGGCUGAUAGAGGCUACCGUGUCAAGGUGGAUGACCAGAAGUUCACUGCUCCUAUCGAUAGAAUGGACUUUGUCCGUGCCAAGAAUGCUGCUGAAGUCCUUAACGAGGCUAAGUACCGGGAGAUCUGGCACAAGGACAAGACCAAGUACUCCUUGAAGGACACCCCAAUCCUGGUCACAGCCAGAGAGGUGGCCAAGAACAUGCAUCCGAAAUUGUACACCAAGGACUGGGACAAGGUCAAGUCCACUGGAUAUUUCAUGCCUGGAGAUGCAGUUCCCAUCAAGCAGUGUAUCCAUAAUAACAGAGUGCAGAGUGACCACAAGUACAAGGCAGGUUACCGCAAGCAAGUUGGCCAUCACAUUGGUGCCCUCAGUGUCCAGGAUGACCCUCUGCUCAUGCUGGCUCUGAACUCAGCCAAGAUUGCUAGUGAUGCCCUGUAUAAGAAGGACUUCAACAAGUCCAAGACCAAGUUCCACCUCCCAGUGGACAUGCUGACCAUUGAGUUGGCCAAGAAAUGCCAGGUCCAAGUCAACGACUUCAACUACAGAACUCACCUGCACAACUGGACGUGUUUACCAGACUCUAGUGAUGUCCAGCAAGCACGCAAAGCCUACGACCUUCAGAGUGAUUUUGUCUACAAGGCGGAUAUGGAAUGGCUUAGAGGCUGUGGCUGGAUGGCAGCUGACUCUGUCGACCACGUCAAAGUCAGGAAUGCCCAGAAGAUUAUCAAUGAGAGAUUCUACAAGAAGGAUGCCAAAGAUAACUUUGCCAAGUACACACAUAUUGUGGAUCGUCCAGAAAUCAUCUUGGCAAAAAAUAAUGCUCUCAACCUCAGUGAUCUGAAGUACAAAGAGACCUUCAACAUUGAGAAGGGCCACUACAUUGGUUCUGAGGAUACCCCCCAGCUGGCCCACAGCAGGGAAGUCUCCAAGAACAUCAGUGAGAAAUACUACAAACUAGCCUGGGAUGAGGGUAAAGCUACUGGUUACCAGCUGAACCAUCAGUACAUGCCCCUGAUUGGAGCCAAGAAGGGCAGAGAGAUCAUCAGUGAUGCCAAAUACAAGAAUGCCCAUGAGAAGGCCAAGGGACACUACCUUGCUGGUACCCUCGUGGACUUCCCUGAAGUGAUGCGCUGUGGUGCUCAAGAGAAGGGCAAGGGACUGAGAGACUAUCAAAAGGCCUACAACGAGACCAAGACAAAGAACCACCUCCCAGCUGACGUCAUCGCCAACGUGGUGGCAAAGAAGAGCCAAGAUAUGCUGAGUACUGUGCUGUACCGGACCUAUCUGCACCAAUGGACAUGCCACCCUGAACAGGAGGACAACAUCAGAGCCCGCAGGAACAACGAAAUCCUCAGUGAUGUAUUUUACAGAGAUGACCUGAACUGGAUGAAGGGGAUUGGCUGCUAUGUUUGGGACACGCCAGAGAUUGUUCGUGCCAAGAAAUCUUAUGAGCUCCAGAGUGAGCUCAAGUACAAAGAGGAGGGCAAAAAAGAGUUCAACAACUACUCCAUCGUGACAGAUACUCCGGUCUAUGUGACUGCUAUCCUGGGUUCAACCUGGGCUAGUGAGCUGAACUACAGGGAAGCCUACCAUAAAGAGAAGCACUUGUAUACAACCAUUCUGGACACCCAUGACUAUGCUAGGUGCCACGCCCUCAAGGAAAUCUACAGCAAAAAAUCCUACACAGAUGCUUGGGAUAAGAUCAAGGCAAAGGCAUACCAAAUCCCAUCCGACUCCCACGCUCUGAGCCACGCCAAACAGCAGAAAGUCAUCCUCAGUGGUGUGAAGUACAAGGAGGACUAUGAGAAGUUCAAGUCUCUCUACAGCCUGCCCAAGUCCAUGGACGACGACCCCUCCACUGCUCGUUGCCUCAAAGCAGGGAAGCUCUGCCUUGACCGCUUGUACAAGCAAGAUUAUGAGAAGACCAAGGCCAAGAAUCACGUUGUACCCGACAUGCUGGAGAUUAUGUCCGCCCGCAACACGCAGUCGAUGAUCAGCGAGGUCAACUACAGGAAGCACCUGCACCAGUGGAUUUGCUUGCCUGACAUGCAGGUGUUCGUUCAGGCACGGAAGGUCAACGAGCAGCUCAGCGAUAUCUUCUACAAAGACGACAUGAACUGGCUGAGAGGUAUUGGCUGCUACGCCUGGGACACUCCUGAGAUCAUACGCUGCAAACAGUCCAACAUCCUGCAGAGCGAGAACAAAUACAGAGCCAAGGGUAUUGAGAACUUCAAGGACUACUCUGUUGUCAUGGAGACCCCGGGCUAUGAGAACUGCAAGCUGGCCUCCCAGAACCUGAGCGACCUUCACUAUCGCCAAGACUAUGCCACCAACGUCAAGGGCACAAACAGCGCCCCCGCAGUCACCGUCGAUACGGAGAGGGCACGCAUGGCCAACUUCAUCCAGAGUGAAAACUUCUACAAAGAAGCCAACAAGACCUUCAUGCCCACUGGGUACACCCUUCCCUACGAUACUCCUCUGAAUAAGCAGGCCAAAGCCAACAGCAUUGUCACCAGCAGUGUGAAGUACAGUGAAGCCCAUGACCUGACCAAGGCCAAGGCGUAUACCCUGGACCCUGAGGGGGUCAGCUUUGUCAACAUCAGGAAGGCUAACAAGAUCACCAACCCCCGUCUGUACCGCGAGAAGUACGAGAAGGAGAAGGAAAAGUUCCAUUCUGAAUAUGACACCCCCGAGAUCAAACAGGUCAAGAUGACCCAGGAGGCCAUCAGCAACUUGUGCUACAAGGAGAAGUACUUUAACAACAGAGGCACCUUGAUCUCCAUGGCGACCACUCCUCAACUCAUGCACUGCCAGCAUGUGAAUGAGAUCACAAGCGAUUUGAGGUACAAAGAGGACCUGCAGUGGCUGAGGGGCAUGGGCUGCUUCCUGUAUGACACCCCUGAGAUGGUCCAUGUUCGCAACAUCACCAAGUUCAGGACCAGCUAUGGCGUCGAAGCCAUGAAGAACCGCGGCAAGUUCUCCGUGGUCCUGGACACCCCAGAGUACCAGCGUGUGUCUGAGCUCAAGACCCACAUGAGCGGCCGUGUGUACAAAGCCCAGGCCGUGGAGGAGCAGAGCAAGUGCACCACCACUCUGGACUCCAUGGACAUCCAGAGAGUCAAGUGGGCCCAGCAGCUCACCAACCAGUACCAGUACACUGACCUGGCAUCCAAGGAGAGAGCUCACUUCACCCAGGAGAUUGACACCCCCACUAUGGACCAUUCCAGAGCAAUGAAGGUCGUCUGCAGUGAAAACAAAUACAAGAACCAGUAUGAGAAGAUGAAGCACAAGUACACUUCUAUUGCCGACACGCCCAUCCUGGUGCGCGCCAAGAAGGCCUACCUUAACGCCAGCGACUUGCGCUACAAGGAGACCUUUGAGCUGUCAAAGGGACACUACCACACUGUCCAGGAUGCCCUGGACAUCGUCUGCCAUCGCAGGGUCACUGAUGACAUCAGUGAGGUCAAGUACAGGGAGAAGUACAUCAACUCUCUCGGUACGUGGAGGUCCAUGCCCGACCGCCCCGAGUUCUUCCACAGCAGGAAUGUCGGCGAUGCCGUCAGCGAUAUCAAAUACAAGGAGGAUAUGGAUUGGAUGAAGGGUAUCGGCUGCUUUGUGUGGGAUAGACCUGAGAUGGUGCAGGCAGAGAAGAACAAGACUCUGUACAGUGAGAGGCUGUACAAAGUUUCAUACGAGAAGAACAGAUACAACUUCAAGUACACGUGCGAUACUCCCUUCUUCCAGGCCGCCAAGAACGCCUCCGUUCUCAUCAACGACAUGAAAUAUAAAUCCCGAGCCAAGCAGCUGCUAAAGAGUGGCUGCAAUGAGCUGCUCCGACCAGACAUCCUCAAGUCUCUGUACAACUCUGGCAUGAGGAGUGAGUGGAAGUACAGGGAGCAGUAUGAGAAAGCCAAGGACAAGUUCACCUCCAUCCUGGAGACCCCUGAGCAUGAGUCCCAUAAACGCAGCAAGAAGAUCAGUGAUAUUAUUUACAAGAUGGAAUACCACAAGAACAAGGCCAAGGGCUACACCCUGCCCUAUGACACUCCAGCCACCAACCACAUGAAGAGGGUGAAGGAGAUCACCAGCAAUCUGAAGUACAGGGAGGUGUAUGAGAGGAGCAAGGCUCAGAUCAACAUGGCUCCCGAUUCCCACGAAAUCCGCGCCGCCAAGGAGGCUUACAAGAACAUUAGCAAUCUUGAUUACCGCAAGAAGUACGAGGCCACAAAGAACAAGUGGAUCUGGACCGUGGACAGACCUGACUUUGUCCAUAAUGCCAAGAACACCUUCCAGCAGAGUGACAUAGAGUACAAGUAUGACAAGGAGAUGUUGAAAGGCUGUGUGAUGUCCGUGGUGGAUGACAAGCUUACCGUCCUGGCCAAGAACAAUUCUGAUAUGUCCAAUGUGAAAUACAGACAAAAGUAUGAGUCGUCUAAAGGACAGUGCAAGUCUGUUAUGGACACUCCUCAGAUCCUUCACGCCAAAGCAGUGCGCAGUCUUGUGUCUGAGAGCAAAUACAAAGAGGCCAGUAAGAAGGACCAGCAGUCUGGCUCCUUCACCACCCUGGCUCAGACCCGGGACACGGUGCACAGCAAGGAGAUCAACAAGCUCAUCAGCGGGAAACUCUACAAGGAGAAGUUUGAGGCCGAGAAAGGAAAGUCAAAGUACAACAACAUGAGUGUACCCCCUGAUGUGCAGCAUGCCAUGGAGGUCGCCAAGAACCAGAGCAAUUUUGCCUAUAGGAAAGAUGCCAAGGCCAAGCUGAACUACACCUCUGUAGCCGACCGUCCUGACAUCAGGAAGGCCACCCAGGCUGCCAAGCUAGUCAGUGAAGUUGGCUACCGUGACAAGGCUCGCCAGGAGGCUAGUCGUGGAGGCUCCCUGGCCCACCGCCCUGACAUCGCUCUGGCCACAGAGGUGUCCAAGCUGACCAGCCAGGUAGAGGGCAUGCCCUCCCUCCAUGGAACCGCCUCCUACGACACGCCCCAGAUGCGCCACAUUAAGAAAAUGAGCUCCCUGUCUAGUAAUGUGAAGUACAAGGAGAAGCAUGACAAUGAGAUGAAAGGAAGGAAGGCACAGUAUGACUUGAAGGACAGUAAGAUUUACCAGACACUGAAGGAUGCCAACGUGCUGGCUAGUGAGGUGAAGUACAAGGGCGACCUGAAGAAGAUCCACAAACCGGUGACCGACAUGGCAGAAUCUCUGUCCAUGCAACACAACCUGAGCACCAGCAAACUGUCCAGCGCCUACCAGUACAAGAAGAAAUUUGAGGACAGUAAGGGUCACUACCUUAUGAUCGCCGACACACCUGAACAGCUCCACCACAAGGAGGCCUCAGAACUGCAGAGUCACGUGAAGUACAAGGAGAAGUAUGAGAAAGAGAGAGGAAAGGCCAUGUUGGACUUUGAGACGCCCACGUACGUGACAGCCAAGGAGGCCCAGCACAUGCAGAGCCAGAAAGACUAUAAGAAGGACUAUGAGGAGUCCAUAAAGGGCAAGAACCUCUCAGGGUUGGAGGUCACUCCAGCCAUGUUACAUGUCAGACAUGCCACCAAAAUAGCCAGCGAGAGGGAGUACAGGAGGGACCUAGAGGAGGGGGUCAAGGGUAAAGGGCUAACAGUUUUUGAGGAAACUCCGGAGCUUUUGAGAGCAAGGAAUGCUACUCAAAUCCUGAGUGAGAGAGAGUACAAGAAGUCACUGGAGCUGGAGAUCAAGGGCAAGGGGAUGUUAGCUUUGGCUACCGACACCCCAGACUUCCUGAGGGCUAGGAACGCCACCGACAUCCUCAGUCAGUCUCAGUACAAGCACAAAGCGGAGGUGGACAGGGCCAGCUACACUUCGGUCAUCGACACCCCAGACAUUCUCCAUGCCCAGCAGAUCAGGAACAUCAUCAGCCAGAAAAAAUACAGGGAGGAGGCUGAGAAGACCAUGUCUCACUAUGUGCCAGUCCUGGACACCCCUGAGAUGCAGAGAGUUCGUGAGAACCAGAAGAACUUCAGCACAAAUCAGUACCAGACAGACUUUAAAAACACAAAGGGCAAAGUCUGUGCAAUAAAGGACACCCCUGAAAUGCUUCGUGUUAAAGAAAAUACAAAGAAUUUCAGCUCGAUUCAGUACAAAGAGGAUUUGGGUGGAGGAACGGCCCUCUCAGAGACCCCAGAGAUGGAGAGAGUUAAACGCAAUCAGCAGAACAUUAGCACGAUAAAAUACAAGGAGUUGUUGGGUCAGGGCAUCGCCAUACCAGACCUUCCUGAGGUGAAGCGGGUCAGAGAGACCCAGAAGAACAUCAGCUCGAUUCAGUACAAAGAGGAUUUGGGUGGAGGAACGGCCCUGUCAGAGACCCCAGAGAUGGAGAGAGUUAAACGCAAUCAGCAGAACAUUAGCACGAUCAAGUACAAGGACUCGUUGGGUCAGGGAACGGCCAUAUCAGACCUCCCGGAGGUGAAGCGAGUCCGGGAGAGCCAGAAGAACAUCAGUGCGGUGUUGUAUAAGGACGCUUCUGCCAAGGGAACCCCCGUGGUGUUCACUCCCGAGAUGGAAAGAGUGAAACGGAACCAAGAACACAUUAGCUCGGUGCUGUACUCCGACAGCUUCAGGAAGCAGGUGCAGGGCAAGGCCGCCUUCGUGCUGGACACCCCCGAGAUGCGACGCGUCAAGGAGACCCAGCGCAACAUCUCUGGAGUAAGAUACCACCAGGACUUUGAGAAGAGCAAGGGCAGCUUCACUCCCACCACCACCGACCUUGUGACAGAGCGCGUGAAGAAGAACACUCAGGACUUCAGCGACAUCAACUACCGCGGCAUCCAGAGGCGCGUGGUGGAGAUGGAGAGGAGACGUGCGGUGGAGCACGACCAGGAGACCAUCACUGACCUGCGUGUGUGGCGUACCAACCCAGGCUCUGUGUUUGACUAUGACCCUGCUGAGGACAACAUCCAGUCCAGGAGUCUGCACAUGAUGACAGUCCAAGCCCAGCGCCGCAGCAAGGAGCACUCCCGCUCUACCAGCGCUAUGAGCGGAGCAGGAGACGGAGAGAAGUCGGAGGUGUCUGAGAACGUGGACCACCACAUGUCCACGUACAGCAACGGCUUUGGAGCCUCCUCUAUAGGAUACCAGCAGGCCAAGACUGUGGAGCUGCAGCAGAGGUCCUCCUCUGUGGCCACCCAGCAGACCACAGUGUCCUCUGUCCCCUCACACCCCUCUACGACUGGAAAGACUGUGCGUGCUCUGUAUGACUAUGCGGCUGCCGACAACGACGAGGUGUCCUUCAAGGACAGUGAUGUCAUCGUCAACGUGCAGUCCAUCGACGAGGGCUGGAUGUACGGCACUGUGCAGCGCACCGGCAAGACUGGCAUGCUGCCAGCCAAUUACGUUGAGUCUAUCUAAAGUUAAGGCCCGCCCACCCAAACCCCAACGUCCUUCCGGAGUGGGCGAGACGCAUCCGGGUGGACACCUGAUUGGUGGCCCCACCUGCGGCUGGAUCUGUGGCUUUAUGAAUAUGCAGUUAUAUAUGUGUAGUGUUUAGGUUUUUAGCAGUAGGUUGUGUAUACGUUAUGAUCUGCUAGAAUGGGACAAUCUACUGUUGUGUAUGUCUGUGUGUACGCACUGCCUAUGGAUGUGACCUGACAAUUGACUACAUGACAUACAUUUAUACAUACCGAUAUGAAUCAUAGACUAUAGUAGAAUGUUAAACUUCUCCAAGACCCAUGUCUUGCAAGAACAAUGAUGUGACUGAAAAAAGCCCAUUAUUUUGUAAAUUGCAAACAACCAUAUUUAAAUAUUUCUGUUUAAUAUUUAUGAAAACGCUUUGAGAGUUGUAACUUUCACACAAGAACAAAUGGAUGGGCUUAAAUGCCAUGAAGGAUGAAUCGAAAGAAACCAGUUAUAGUGUAACUUUAAAACCACAAUAGAGGGGUUUUAAGAAAAGAUGUAUGUAACCUGAAGGAGGCAUCAACCAUCUCCUCCCGUUAUCAAACCUGUCCUGAAGAGUUGUAAAAGAUGAGCCUCUUUCCUCCCUCCUUUACUGAAGGCUGGCCAUGAGUAGCAUGUGUGUUUUGUUUCUUCCGAUUGCCGAGGUUUGAAGGGAAAAUGAAGUCGUAUACCUUUAAUCAUUAGCUAAUAAAGCACAUCUAGCUUCAGCAGUA